ACGCGGUGGGCGGGUCCGCUGCGCAGCCAUGGCGGCGCUGAGUUCCUCUGAUGGAUUGCAGAGCUGCUCCUGCUGUUCCAGACUGCAAGGGUUCUCCUGUGGUUCUCCGUUCUCUCUGGGUUAGUUUCAGCCAGCACUGGCGGCCAUUAACGUGCUGACCGUGUGAGACGCUGUUGUUUGUAGACGGGUGACUGUGAUCUGCUGUUAGUGGACCUGCAGCUCCAGGGGUCCGUGAUUAAGGGGAAACCCCUGAAUGAUUCAGGACGGCGGCUCUGGAACUCGCUGGCCAUUAUUGAUUAGAUUAGAUUAUAGAUUAUAGCAGUGAGACUCCUGCACGGCGCAGAUGCCUCGAUGGAAGGCGGCUCUGCUCCAGCGCGGCCGGUGGUCCAUCGGCGUGGCUCAGGGGGCGGUUCUGUGCGUUCUGACGUUUGGGCUGGUUCUGCCGCUGUGCUGCCAUCGCUGCCUCUACUCCUACUACUUCCUCAGAUCUGUGUAUCUGGACUGGAUGAGCGACGUGGCUCUGCAGGAGAGCUACGAGCGAGGACAGCAGGCGCUGCGCUACUGGCAGAACCUCGCCGCCGCAGAGUCCCCGGCCAGUCCCCUCUCUAAGAGACCAGAGCUCUUGGUGACCGUGGUUACGGCCCAGAGGACAGACGGGCGGGACUUCCAUUACCUGCUCCAGGUGAUGCAUCGGCUGGAUGUCCUGCUGCGGUCGUGCCGGGACACUGAGCUGUGUGCCGAGGUGCUGGUGUGCGAUGUUGAAAGCAGCCCCUCCGGAACCGAGGACGCUUCACUGCUGGAGAAACGCUUCCGGGUGGUCCGGCGGUCUCUAGAGGAGAAAAAGGGCAGUGAGCACUUGAACGUGUUCGAAAAGGAAAAGAGGGAUUACGUCUACUGCCUUCGGAAAGGCUGGGAGUUGCUGAAUCCCAGGAAUGUGGUGGUGCUGGAAGACGACGCUCUACCCAGGAUGGACUUCUUCACCGUAAUUCGGGACUUGCUGACCCGCCGAUUCACACUGAACUCGCUGUACGUGAAGCUGUACCAUCCAGAACGUCUGCAGCGCUACUGGAACCCAGAGCCGUACCGCAUCCUGGAGUGGGCGGGGCUUGGUUUGGUGGGGGCCACAGUGUUGCUGCUGUUUUCUGUGGGCCUCUGUGGCCCCUGGGCGCCGCCCCUGUCCCCUGCGGUCCUGCUGUUCCUGGUGCUGUAUGUGAUGGCUGUAGUGGAGCUCGGGGGACGGCACUACCUUCUGGAGCUCCGCCGCGUCUCACCUCAGCUUUAUGCUGUUUCCCCUGCUACAGAAUGCUGCACACCCGCCAUGCUGUAUCCCGGCAACGCCUCUGCCCGUGUCGCCGCCCUGCUGGACAGAGUUAAGUGCAUCAAGGGCUACGCCAAAGACAUGGCUCUGUAUCAGCUCGCCCGAAACACGCCGGGAGAGAGAGCGCACAGCGUGGAGCCGAACCUCAUCACACACAUCGGAGCGUACUCGUCCGUCAGACCUAACCCCCCCCACCCAAAACUGCUCUGACCGCAGAGUGACCACUGCCUGCACACUUGAGUUUACUCACCAAAGGGCUUACAGUAGCGUUUUGAGUUGUUUUUAUGAUUUAAUAAAAAGAGGGAUGUAAGUUUCAAAAUUCACUCGUGAUUUUGACCAGUCAGGGCUGAGCUGAUGACCAGUCAGGGCUGAGCUGAUGACCAGUCAGGGCUGAGCUACUGAAUCAGAGCUGAGCUGAUGACCAGUCAGGGCUGAGCUACUGACCAGUCAGGGCUGAGCUACUGACCAGUCAGGGCUGAGCUACUGACCAGUCAGGGCUGAGCUGAUGACCAGUCAGGGCUGAGCUACUGAA